UAAUUCUUAACAGCCUCAACACACCAACUAACUAUGGCACAAUACAGUUUGACUAGUAACAUCAAUAACCAUAACUCACACAAAAUCUAGACUAAUAUAAGAGAGGUAGAAGGUUUUAUAAAUUGAUAUCAUAAAAAUUAUAAACAAUUGUACUCCUAAAACGUUGCUUUACAAACUUGUUGCUGCUUAUGAGAAAAGGUGAUCUAGAUACACGUUGUAAACAACGGGAUGUGUAACAGAAGACAAAUGACUUUUUUAAAGUUGGGUGGUCAUGUAGCAGAACAAAACCGAAAUGUCACAUCACGAAUUGUUGUUAUUAAAUACUGUACAUCACUGUAAGAACCUUCUUUUAUUCUACCAUCUUUUGUACACUAAUUACUAUAGCCCUCCUCCUCACCUUCAGCAAAUAAACUCUUUAAACUGCUUCCGACAAGCCUUGUUGACAUUACUGUACUACAUUGAAUUAUCGUUUGAAGUGGCCUCAUAUUCACGACUGGGUCUAGCACUUUGUUUUAUCUGAGCCACUGACUAAGUAUGCGAUGUAUGUGCAGGUAGGAACUGCAUCCCAAUCAGCAUGACGAACAGCAAGGAAUUUUCUUUAAACCAUGAAUUGGUGCUAGAGUUAGAGCUAGGAGACAUUGUGGAAUUUCCACGUGAGAAUUACAGCCAUUUCGGCAUCUAUGUCGGUGAUGGAAAUGUAAUCCACGCAUUAGCAGAAGAUACGAUCAUAGCCGUUUGUGGCAAAGCGCUUUCCCGUGUUUCCUAUGCUUCAAGCAGCUCCUCUGGCAUCACGAUGAAGACAUUUAUCAAAGGCACUGUUAUUCAGCAGAAUUUUUUUGAUGUUGCUAAGAAGUCUGUAGCAAAAAAGAACAACUUACUCGAUGGCAAGAUUAAGCCACUCAGUCCCAAGAAAAUCGUGGAAAAGGCCAAGUCCAUGAUGGAAAAGAGCUGCGAUUACGAUCUACUCAAGACGAACUGCGAGCACUUUGCAACCUGGUGUCGCUAUGGCAUCGGAUAUAGUAAACAAACAAACAGUUUUUGUCUUAAUGCUUUCCCACCUUCUAUUGAGGAAGCAAUACCAGAUACAAGAGACUUCAUGUAACGUACAUGAAACAUGAACGUCACACUUUGAGCGUCCUUGGUUUUUUUUUCAGUUGUUUUAGAUUUAAGGUAUUUUGAAAAUACAAUUAAAAUUACAGAAAAAAGAAUUGUCCCAUAUAUAUUGUCCAUUCAAUCUGAACCAAUAUCAUUUGUUUUUGUUUGUUUGCAUUUUGCCUCACAAAUGUAGAGAGAGAGAGAAAAUAACUGUGAACUGUUUAAUGUGUUUACUCAAUUUUUACAAGGAGAGAAGUAGGUAAGUUACAUGGAGUCAGUUUGUAUAUGGUAUUAUACUACCUUUAUGUUUACAUGUGCUUUUAGUGGGUUUCCUGCCCUUUUUUUCUUUGCAUCUGUGCUGUGUAUUGUUAUUUUGACUUUAGAACGGUUAGGAUCCAUUGGCUGGAUUCCACUCCUGCUUCCCUUGGCAUCAACUUUGAGAUGCAGUGAAUAAACUGAAGCGCCGAUCACCUUUUUACACACUCGUAUGAAAGCAUUUAAAAAGUAUUCUUCUGAUGUCACUAACACUUAAUUUCUGGAAUCGUUACAGUUAAAUGAACAGUGAUCAUCCUUUAAUAACGGAACGCAAUGUUCUUCGUUCUACAUCUUUAUGACUAUUAGGGAAUGUUGUUGAGCACAAUGUCUUUCUCUAAGGAAAUAUGUUAUUGUCCUGAGAUCAUCAUGCAUCAAUUAUUGUGUAUUUCCUUGCCCCUUCUGUUAGAUAAGCGUAUUUGCAUACCACUCAUCGAUCCACCAUGUUUGAUUGCAUCUAGGCAUACAUAUGUGUACACGCAAAGGCGCGCGCACUCGUAAACAGACACACACUCAGAAGCUGGUACAUGAAUGGGUAGGACAUCGGCAACAAAAAAUAGGCACCGACAGAGGUGGGGUGAAAACCGUUCCUACCACCUCACUACCUUUUUUUUAACGCUUGUAUAAAUGUUGUCGCCAUUGUUCCCACUAAUUCUAUCUCUCUAUGCACCUUUCUACGAAUUUUUGUUACAUGAAUCUCUCUGAUUUUGCACUCUCUCAACCCUUUCUUUAUCCCUCAGUAUCAUUUAUUUUCUCAGUCUUCGCUCUUUUGACUCAUUUAUUUCCUUAUAUACUGUAAGGACUUUAAUAUCUUUGAAGGAUGUGAUAAUAGAGAGAUAAUACAAGUGUUAUAAUUCCACUGCGUUGAAUGUUUAGUGGCCUCAUUGAGGUCGACUUACGUAAAUACUGAUUCAAGUCGUAAAUAGUGUGACGAGCGAAGCGGGAUGGGCCUAACUCCCCCGAGGGGAAAGGGGAAACUUCAGCUGGUUCGCUUCACCCGACUGUUCACAGAUCCACACGCGUACAGACUAACUGACACACUCACCUGCGUGUGCGAACACAACCGACAAGACAGUUGUACAACAGACAAAUUAUGAUUACAAGAAAAUUAAGGUUGAAUAAUGAGACACAAUAUUGGUCUCCGAAUACGCAAACUGUCAUCAGGUCACUUAAAGUUAAACAAUGCGAUGAACAAAAUACACUUUCCUUCUAGCACUCUGAGUCCACAUCCGAUAAACACUUCCCUAGAUGCGUACACUUCGCCAGUCUUGGACACAGUUCCCACACGGCAACGUCUUCGCGACAGACUGCCCCUUGACAACCGGUAGUGGACAGCCACAGACCUGCCUUGGCACACUACUGUCACUACUUGGGGAGAUCACGGGUCACACUUCGUUGCCCCAGGCAAUGACAAUGGCGACGACUUUGGAAGUGAGUUUUCUUACGCACUGUCCCUAGCUCACUGGCACUGCUGCUCCUCUGGUUGUCAAGGCAACAGACACAGAUGCAGUGGUGAUCUCAGGUGACAUAGGUCCGGCACCGGCUCCAAACGACGAAGACCACAGAGGUACACAGGAACAGUAAUCUCUACUCCCGGCGGUUGCCCCAGGCAACGGGUGGCUGAGUUGCUGUUGCCGGUUCUGACGGUGUUUUCCCUUCUUGACGUUUAUGAAGACGGAGACACCUUCCUCACUCGCCACGGUUCCAGACUGCAAGUGCCAGCAAGUAGCUUUACACGUUCACGUAGAAUGGGCCUCUAGACUUGCUGUAUAUAGUAUCUGCUGAUGUAUUGGGGAAAAGGCCACGACUACCACUCUGUCCUAGCGUAUAUACUGUCAGAUCACGUGACCCCUCUGAAAACUACAUCUGACGCUAUCGAACUUUGACUAGUGUGACCACAUCCCCCCUGCGCUACACUCGGGUACCUAUGACCUAUCUACCGUUCCUCUUUCUGACGGUCGGCCACGUCAACCCCCGACUGUCGCGACACCUAGUCUAAUUCUCUCAUUCAGCACCGGUGUCCAGUAGGUGGCAAAGAAAAUAAACGCUGUUCUCAUAGCAGAGUGUACCGGUCUUUCAAUUAACACCCGUACCUCUGGAGUGAUGACUGCUGCGCCCUUUACGUAAGCGGCGGGAUUCACAGGGUUAACUACUACCAGGGGAGAUAACAUCCUAACCUCUUUUGUCCAACUCAAGCCUGGUAUCGCCUCAGGGCACCCACUGCCCCUCUUUAAUGUUUUCAUUCCUAGCUUCGGCCCUGUUUUCUGGCCUUGAACCAGGCUGGUUCAUGACAAAUAGCAAAAAUGUUUGCUGACCCAACGAAAUAUUAAUUCAAAACUCUUUCAAAGAUUGUAAACGCAGAUUAAUAAAUUUUUGUUGUUGUUUUGUUGGGGCUUUUUGUAGUUGUUUUUUUGCUGUAAUUGUGAUCUCGAGGUAAUA